CCGCCCCGCCUCUUCCGCCGCCGCCGUGGGAAUGGAAACAUCUACCCCACGUGCCGGAAGCCAGCUAGCGCCGACGGCGGCGCGCCACUCCGCGUCCUACCGAGCCGAGCCCCUACGGGUGUCAUCGCGAGAGGAGCUCGCCGAAAUGGCCGCAGCCAGUCAAGGAAACUUUGAGGGAAAUUUUGAGUCACUGGACCUUGCAGAACUUGCUAAAAAGCAGCCAUGGUGGCGCAAGCUGUUUGGGCAGGAAUCUGGGCCUUCAGCUGAAAAGUAUAACGUGGCAACCCAGCUGUUAAUUGGAGGUGUCACUGGAUGGUGCACUGGUUUCAUAUUCCAGAAGGUUGGAAGGUUGGCUGCCACAGCUCUGGGAGGUGGAUUCUUCCUGCUUCAGCUUGCGAACCACACUGGCUACAUCAGAGUAGACUGGCGGCGGGUGGAGAAGGACGUGCAGAAAGCCCGGGAGCAGCUGAGGAUCCGCCAGAGCGGCCGGACGCCCGCGGGGGCCACAAGCAGAGCGCAGGAGGUGGUGUCAUUUGUGAAGAAGAAUGUUCUAGUGACUGGUGGAUUCUUUGGAGGCUUUCUGCUUGGUAUGGCGUCCUAAAGAGGAUGACUUCACUUCCUUAUUCCUGGUUUUUCCAGCCAGCAGCCUCUUCACUCCAUCGUAGGAUAGCAAGUCUCUCCUCUUCGUCCUCUUCUCCCUCUUCUCCCGUGCCUUCCUCCCUGCCAUGGCGUAUCUGAAUGGCUUCUGUAGGCAUCUGUUGGUACAAGUGGAUAACGGCCCCACCAUGACCUUGACGGCAACGGAAGAGACAGUGGACGUUAACUCUUCUCCCAGCACACUCCCCCCUUGACUAAUCUGUAGGUCAGCAAGAAUAUUCCUUUCUCCCCUAGGUAAGAUACUUAGCAGAACAUGGUACAAGAUGGCUCGCCAUGGAGCAUGAGCGGAUCCUCAAAGGUUGUCCCAAACUUGAUUUGGAAAAGAAGUAACAAGCAUAUAAGAUACCUUACUAUGUUCUGCAUGGAAAGGAACUGAAUACAUUUGCCUUUAAGCAUGAAAGAUUUUGGUAUCUUGGCGUCUACUUUCUUUUGUAGUAGAUUUUAGGUUACAGAACGAGAACUACUUGUACUGGCUCUAAUUAUCCUGACAAAAUGGGGCAUGUGCACUACAGUUGAAAAAUCUGCAUAUGGAAUGAACUUGUACUAAAGAUACAUAUGCUGAGCAGAAGGUAUUGUGUUUGGUGGGAAGGUCUUUAGGGAAACCAACCAAUAGAUACAUUUAGGAUGGUCACUUAGAGGCAUUCAGGUAUUAUCUAGGGAUGUUUUCCAUCAUACAGGAUAAUGCAUCUCAUGAUGGUUUCCAAAGGAUUUAUUUAUGGUAAAAUAAGUGACUUUAGGUGGAAGAGGGAAGAAGCUCUUGGAUUUUUAUUUAAUAGAAAAGGUUUUGAGCUUUGAAAUGUGGAAUAUUCUUUACCUCUUGUCAAAACAUCAGGGGUAGCUGUAGCUCCUCUGUGCCAAUUCUACUAUUUAACCAGUUAGUAUGAAAUAUAUAACAUUUGAACCAGAGUUUUUAAAUGGUGACAUUCCAAGCAUUAAGAAUUAAGAACAGUAGCAAUAGCAACAGCACAUGUGAAAUAAAUUAUUUCUAUCAUCAAAGGUAAUCUGCUGUCUCAGGAUGACCCCAACUCUUAGAAUUUUUCUUUAAAAUAAAAGUUUAUAGAUAUACCCAUGCUUAGAAACUUAACACAUUUUUCUAUAAUGGCCUUCUAUUGUACCAUCUAGAAUAUCCACUGCAGGAAGGCAAGGCUUGUGUCUUCACCAUUAUAUCCAUGGAGCCAAACACUUAAUAAGUACUCAGUAUCUGUUGAAUAUAUGAAUAAUGAGCUCAUAGAAAAGUAUCUGGAAAAGGCACUGAUCCACAGGAUUUGUGAGACUUCAUGAGUUCUGAAAAUUCGGAAAACUUGGAAUAAACUUCUUAAACUUGCAGGUGAUCCCUUGCAAAAUGUGUGUUUUUAAGGCUUUCCUUUUAAAAUGUUUGCCUUUUAACUUACCUUGGGAAUGAUGUAUUGAAUUUGGAAAUUGUAGCUACUAGUGGAUGUGUGGAAUUUUUUAGAAUUCAUCCAUUUGCAUUUUUCUCCUUAUGUUAUGGUAGUAUUUUAAGGCAACAUUAAGUUGUCUUGCUUGUAACAUGUAUGAAUUAUAUACAAAUCAUAACGGUAUGAGCCACAUUGUUCCAUAUUUUUAUAGAAGAACUCAAAUUUUUUUUCACUUUUUAUUAUGGAAACAUUCAAACAUGUAUAAAAAUACAGAAAAUAGUACAAUGACCCCCAUCUGUCCAUCACCCACCUAUAAUGAUCAUCAAAUUAUAGCUUGUUUUAUCAAUCGUUUUGAAACAAAUACCAAAUGUGUCAUUUUAUUAUAUUUUGGUAUGUGUCUGUAAAAGGUAAGAAGUCAUCUUAAAAAUCAUAAGUGCAAUACCCUAUCAUCAUAACCAUCUGACCCCACUCAGACCCGUGGAAUGGGGGCUGCAGGUAGUGGGGUGGGGUGGCCUUUCUCCAUCUGUUUUUCCUGUGAUUAUUGGUGAUGACAAAGAUUAGCAGGUUGCUCUAAGCUGCUUUGAGCGGGUUAUAAUAGAGAAUAGACUGAAGUAAGAUUCUAGCUUUCACCUGAGGGACGUGGUUGAGGUCAGUGUCUCGGGUUGGCCUCACCCUAUUGCAGUCAGGAUGGCCUUGAGUUCUGCCCGCUGAGUGGGGCCACCACGGGUGGCCGGGCAGAGUGGGUGCUGAGGUUGAACAGUGGCGGUGCUCUGGUGCUCGUCACUGGUGGCAUUUCGGAGAGCUCCCCCAGGCAGUUAGGGGAGCCUCUAAAUGGAGGCCCUGUUGUCAGCAGCUUUGCUUCAGGUGAAGUGAGAGGUUUCCCCCCAAAGAACAGCUGCCACCCCUUCACGCAAAACUGAGACACCAGGACCAGGCAACUUCACCCAUGGAUACUCUGUUUCCAUGUGACUGGCAAGGCCUGUUUCAUGAUGCAUUUUUCUCCAGUACCCAGAAUCCAAUAACAUGCUGCGCCUCCUUAGUGAUGGGGGGCUGAAGAGAUGGCAGAUUUUCUUUGACUGACAGAGGGAUUAAGCGUUUUCAGUCGUCACUUUGACCGUGUUUGGGUUUUGGCUCCCCUUGUUCGGGGCUUCCCUAUCUGUAGUUGGGCCUGGACCAGAGAACCUCUGACAGCUGGUGGCCAGAGUGCCUAUGAGGGUCUUCUCCCUUUUUGCUGUUCACCCCAGAGCCCCCGUGUCCUCCUUCUCUCCCCUCCUGGCAUCCCUGCCACUCUGGACCACCCUUGAGCCCAGCGUCCCUCCUUGUGAUGCUCCAGGUGGGAUGGGGAGCUGUAAGCAAAGGAGGGGGACAGGGAUCGGGCAUUUCUGCUUUCCGGCUGCUGCCCGCUCAGGGCCAACAAAUAGACUCCCGUGUCUUCAGUCUUGCUAAGGCUCUGUAUCCUCACUGCUAACACGGUUUGAGCUUGGGGACACCUCCGCCUGAGUGGCCCCAUUGUCAUGAGUGUCACUGUCAUUGACUUUCCUCCGGCUGCCCAUCCGGGCCACUUCUCUGCUCCCGCCCCUCAGCCUCCCGACACUCAUUAACAGACUGACAGCCCUCCCUACUGGACUUGGCAGACACAGGACAUGACUAAAGGAGUGAAUCUUACAUAAUUCUAGCUAACAUACUCUUGGGGUGGGUGCUCAUGGUUUUGAAAUGCUUAACUACUGUGAAAAUGUUCUCUCCAUCAUCUUUUUGUUUGACUUUUGCCGGAAAGAUGGACAUGACUAAUGGUUGCGCUCUUAUUUGAAACCUCUACUUUUGUGUAGUUUGGGAGAUGUAAUAAAUUUCUGAUUGAAAAAAAUGGUGUAGGGAUAGAUUUUAAAUAUCUGAGAAUCAUUAAUGUUUCACGAUGAAACAUUAGUUUCUUCUCUCAGGGAAAUUUGCUCACGGCCAGGUUUGGACCCUGCAGGCAAAAUUAGGCUGCUCCCCUCUCUGCUCCCUCCACCAGCUCACCAGCUUCAUUUCUUUGUCAUGGUUCUAGGUCUGGGGGCUUCUUAAGCACUUACACAAUAGUAGUGUGAUCUCUUGGAGAAUUGGGCAGAAAACAUACCUUAUUCUGGACCUGAUUUCCCAGAAAUCAUACAGUGUGGCUUAUGUCUCUGAUACUUGAUACUUAAGGAAUCGUGAAUUUCAAGAGCACUAUUUUUCUAGCGAAAACCGAGUGUUGCACUUUCUUCACAUUUUUAGAAAACUGUAAAGUCAGCUUAUUGAAACACCAAAACUACCGUCGUGAAUUUGAAAUGGUAAAAAAUGCCGUUAUGAUGACUGAGAGCUGUGGGUCGCAACCUUGCUUGCCUGGCUGCCGUCCUGGAGGCUCUGGUCGCACUGGUAGCGGCGGGGCAGCCUCAUAUUUGAGGAGCAUCUGAAGUUGGGAACCACUGAACUACAGACUUGGAAGCUGGUGUAAUAACAUCACAGCUCUGCUGAACAGGCCUUUAAUGCCUUUUAAAUUAAGUGCCAUACAAUUUCAGAUGCCUUCCAAAUACUGAACAGAGUAUAAUAUUAGUUUAUUAAAUGUUAUAAGAAUCGUGUGGAGUGGAUGCAUGAGUAGCAUGAUGGCCGACCAGGGCCUUCUGUCAUCAGUGGAUGUAAAGCUCUUGGGCAGAAGGUUGUUGGGUACUGAAGUGUUCAUAUGGUGCCAACAUGUCAUCACCCCACAAAUGACCUCCCAUGACCAAGGGAAAACCACCUUUCCAGUGGAGAGGUGUGUCUCAGUCACUGGUUAACCAAGUGAUGAAACUUAGCAUCACUCAGAGCCCACUUACAGCAGGCUUUUAAGAAGUCUCUAAAUAGAGGAUGAGAUCAUAUUUCUCACCUUCCCAGCUCUUCCCUGAAGACUGAGAUUCAGUGCUAAUCAUGGUCCCUAAUAAAUAAAAAACAGUUGGUAAGUGUUAAGCUUCUUUGAUGUCUCUUUUAUUUCCCUGUAUGUCAUAGUAAUAGCUAAGAAGAAUAAGAUUGAAAUCAGUGUCUGCUAAUAGAUGUUGAAUGAAACUGAGACAGUACUGAGUUUAAAGAUAGGAAGGAAUAAUUGCUUGAAGCUUUAGGAGCCCUAAAGAAAGGAGUAUACUUGGGGAAGAAAUUAGAAGUCUGAAACUUGAGUAGUUAACUCAAUAAAAAUAAUUUUGUAAUAAAGCACAGGAGAGCAAUCUCUUUGAUCAUGUAGUGAUUGCUAAUGUGAAUCCAACAUCACUAUCAACUGAUACUUUUAAAUGUAAUUUAGAUUUGUAUAUGAUGUAAAUGUAGUUAUAAAAUGUUUCAUUAAAUUGUUCUACUAUUAACACAAGACUUCAAAUGAUUUUAUGAGAAUAUAGCACUCUUUCCCUAGUUUGUGGACCAAACAUCUCUUAAGGCAGCAUUUCUCCAAGUCUCAGGAGGAUGUUCCCCUCCCCUGAGAGAUGCUAUCUGCAAAACGGGUUUGCUGGUACAAGUUGGCAAGUAUUGCAUACAGUAGUCCUUUCCAAAGAAUCAUACUUCACAUGAGCAUAUGAAAAGCUUUGAAGUCUUACAGGAAAGAAACCUGUUUACUUCUGUGUAACCUAGCAUUCCCAAACUUACCUUGCCAGGCAAGCCUUUUUUCCACCUGUUACAGCAAUUCCUAGAAAUGCUGCUUUAAAGAACACUUGGUCUCAAAACAGUAAUGGUAUUUAUUUGAAUAUCAGGGACUAUCUUAGUUUGUUCACAGCAAUGUAGCUUCUCUCUAGCAUGCUGGCAGAGGGAAGGAGGGAUCCUCCCUGUUAUGGAUUGAAUGUUUGUGGUUCCUCAAAUUUCAUGUUGAAAUCCUAACCCCCAAGGUGAUGGUAUUUGGAGGUGGGGUCUUUGGAGGUGAUGAAGUCAUGAGCACAAGGCCUUCGUGAAUGGGAUUAGUGCCCUUAUAAAAUAGACCCCAGAGAGCUCCCUUGUCCCUUCCUCCAUGUGAGGACAUGGCAAGAAGACAGCCACCUAUGAACCAGGAAGAGGGCCCUCACCAGACACUGAAUCUGCCAGCACCUUGAUCUUGGACUUUCUGCCUCCAGAACUUUGAGAAAUAAAUGUCUGUUGUUUGA